UUGCACCGCAAUCUCAGCGCUUGAUUCGCCCAGUCAUUUUGUUCGUGGUGCAUUUGUUGGCUGAGGAAGAGCGCCAGAGCCCUCCCACGCAAUGAAAACUCAAUGAAAGAGAUUAUUUACAGUCUCAAGAAGACGUGGAUUCGGUUCUUCCCCUUCUUUAUUGUUUUUACUUAUUAGAGGGGAAUGCGAUGGCUACUCCGAGCAAUCAAGAUUAUUUCAGGUCCGUCAGUAGUGAAUCGUCCACUUACAUGAUGGUGCCGACGAACAAGCGGCGAGAUGCACCGUCAAAGUUGUGGCUGGCCAUGGUGGUUAUCGUCGUGGUCGUACUGCAAAUUGCUUCGACCACUGCUCUCUUCGUCUACCUAAACAUGUCCAUAUCUCAGGUGAAGAGUGAGGGCGUCACGGAGGAGCUGCGCUGCCUGAGUCUGCUCAACGCCCUGGACAAGCAGCAGGACAUCCCCGAAAACCUGGCCCAGCUCUUCGGGGAGCCCUGCAUCAAGCUGGCCGAGGGCAUCAAGGCCUACAUCUCCAAGGUGACUGAGAACAUUAUAUCAAAGCAGACAUUUCAAGAAGCAAGAUCCCUACCUCGCACUUUCAACACAUCAGGGUCAAAGGUCGGCACGGUGGUGAUGCAGAGGCCUUCAGCCCACCUCACCCUCCGAGACACCAGCCUACAGAGCCAGAUUCCCCAGCCUGACCUGCACCAGUCUUGUCGCUACCCCGUGCGCUCCUGGGGCACCCAGAGCUUCGGCGCCCACCUGCACAACAUGACCCUGUCCAACGGCCACCUGCGCGUGCCCGUGGACGGCCGCUACUUCCUGUACUCGCAGGUGUACUUCCGCUACCCGGCGGCCGGCGAGGGCGAGCACGGCAGCGCCAGCCACCAGAUGGUGCAGUGCGUCUAUAAGAAGACCUCGUACCUGCGGCCCAUCCAGCUGCUGAAAGGCGUGGGCACCAAGUGCUGGGCGCCCGACGCCGAAUACGCCCUGCACUCCGUGUACCAGGGAGGCCUCUUCGAGCUGCGCGCCGGCGACGAGGUCUUCAUCUCUGUCUCUGCGCCCACCAUGGUGCACGCCGACGACUCCUCCAGCUACUUUGGGGUGUUCCGCCUUGACCUGUGA